CCGGUGCGGGCGUGGGCGCGGCGGGCGCGGCGGAGCGGAGCGGGGCGCCGGCCCGGCCAUGGUGUGAGCGGCCGCCCGCACGCGCCCCGGAGCCGCCCGCGCAGGCCGCAUCCCCGGAGCGGCGCCGUCGGCGGCCCGGCUGGGCCCGCGCGCUUUGGCGCAACGGCGACAUUUCUCGGGCGUCUCGGGUUCGGGGCACGGAGGGAAGAUGGCGAACGACUCCCCGGCGAAGAGCCUGGUGGACAUCGACCUCUCCUCCUUGCGGGACCCUGCGGGGAUCUUCGAGCUGGUGGAGGUGGUCGGCAAUGGCACCUACGGACAAGUCUACAAGGGCCGACAUGUUAAAACCGGUCAGCUGGCGGCCAUCAAAGUCAUGGAUGUCACAGAGGAUGAAGAGGAGGAGAUCAAACUGGAGAUCAAUAUGCUGAAGAAAUACUCUCAUCAUAGAAAUAUCGCCACAUACUACGGCGCUUUCAUCAAGAAGAGCCCUCCAGGCCAUGACGACCAGCUCUGGCUGGUCAUGGAGUUCUGCGGGGCAGGUUCCAUCACAGACCUGGUGAAGAACACCAAAGGGAACACCCUCAAAGAAGACUGGAUCGCCUACAUCUCCAGAGAGAUCCUGAGGGGCCUGGCGCAUCUCCACAUCCAUCAUGUAAUCCACCGGGACAUCAAGGGCCAGAAUGUGCUGCUGACAGAGAACGCCGAGGUGAAACUGGUUGACUUUGGCGUAAGUGCUCAGCUGGACAGGACAGUUGGAAGGAGAAAUACCUUCAUAGGCACCCCGUACUGGAUGGCUCCAGAGGUGAUCGCCUGUGAUGAGAACCCUGAUGCCACCUAUGAUUACAGGAGCGACCUUUGGUCUUGUGGCAUCACAGCUAUUGAGAUGGCAGAAGGCGCCCCCCCUCUCUGUGACAUGCAUCCAAUGAGAGCACUGUUUCUCAUUCCCAGAAACCCUCCUCCCCGGCUGAAGUCCAAAAAAUGGUCAAAGAAAUUUUUUAGUUUUAUAGAAGGAUGCCUGGUGAAGAAUUAUAUGCAGCGGCCCUCCACAGAGCAGCUUUUGAAACACCCUUUUAUAAGGGAUCAGCCAAAUGAAAGGCAAGUUAGAAUCCAGCUUAAGGACCAUAUAGACCGGACCAGAAAGAAGAGAGGAGAGAAAGAUGAAACGGAGUAUGAGUAUAGUGGAAGUGAGGAGGAAGAGGAGGAAGUGCCUGAACAGGAGGGAGAACCGAGCUCCAUCGUCAACGUGCCCGGUGAGUCCACCCUGCGGCGGGACUUCCUAAGGCUGCAGCAGGAGAACAAGGAACGUUCCGAGGCCCUUCGGAGACAGCAGUUGCUGCAGGAACAGCAGCUCCGGGAGCAGGAAGAGUAUAAAAGGCAGCUCCUGGCAGAGAGACAGAAGCGGAUCGAGCAGCAGAAAGAGCAGAGGCGGCGGCUGGAAGAGCAACAAAGGCGAGAGCGGGAAGCACGAAGGCAGCAGGAACGGGAGCAGCGGAGGCGCGAGCAGGAGGAGAAGCGGCGUCUGGAGGAGCUGGAGCGGAGGCGGAAAGAAGAAGAAGACCGGAGACGGGCAGAAGAAGAAAAGAGGAGAGUCGAGAGAGAGCAGGAGUAUAUCAGGCGACAGCUCGAAGAGGAGCAGCGGCACCUGGAGGUCCUUCAGCAGCAGCUGCUCCAGGAGCAGGCCCUGUUACUGGAGUGCCGAUGGCGGGAGAUGGAGGAGCACCGGCAGGCAGAGAGGCUCCAGAGGCAGUUGCAACAAGAACAAGCCUAUCUCCUGUCUCUACAGCACGACCACCGGAGGGCCCACCCGCAGCCCCCGCAGCCCUCUCAGCCGCCGCAGGAGCGGGGCAAGGCCAGCUUCCACGCUCCGGAGCCCAAGCCACACUACGAGCCUGCGGACCGAGCGCGAGAGGUGGAAGAUAGAUUUAGGAAAAAUAACCACAGCUCCCCUGAGGCCCAGUCUAAGCAGACAGGCAGAGUGUUGGAGCCACCAGCGCCUUCCCGAUCAGAGUCUUUUUCCAAUGGCAACUCCGAGCCCGUGCAUCCCGCCCUGCAGAGAACAGCCGAGCCUCAGGUACAGUGGUCCCACCUGGCAUCUCUCAAGAACAAUGUCACCCCUGUCUCGCGAUCCCAUUCCUUCAGUGACCCUUCUCCUCCCAAAUUUGCACACCACCAUCUUCGCUCUCAGGACCCCUGUCCACCUUCCCGCAGUGAGGCGCUAAGUCAGAGCUCUGACUCCAGGUCGGAGCUCCCUGACCCCUCCCAAAAGGCGUGGUCUAGAUCAGACAGUGAGGAAGUGCCUCCACGGGUUCCUGUGAGAACAACAUCUCGAUCCCCGGUUCUCUCCCGUCGUGAUUCCCCGCUGCAGGGCAGUGGACAGCCAAAUAGUCAUGCAGGUCAAAGAAACUCCACCAGCAGUAUCGAGCCCCGGCUGCUGUGGGAGAGAGUGGAGAAACUGGUGCCCAGGCCGGGCAGUGGCAGCUCCUCCGGCUCCAGCAACUCAGGAUCCCAGCCCGGGUCCCACCCCGGCUCUCAGAGUGGCUCUGGGGAGCGCUUCAGAGUGAGAUCCUCGUCCAAGUCUGAAGGCUCCCCGUCGCAGCGUCUUGAGAAUGCAGUGAAGAAGCCUGAAGAGAAGAAGGAAGUUUUCAGACCUCUCAAACCUGCUGAUCUGACGGCUUUGGCCAAAGAGCUACGAGCAGUGGAGGACGUGCGGCCCCCACACAAAGUCACAGACUAUUCAUCCUCCAGCGAGGAGUCGGGCACGACUGACGAGGAAGAUGAGGAUGCGGAGCAAGAAGGGGUCGAGGAACCCACCUCUGGAGCAGAGGACACCAGAGCACCGUCGUCUCUGAAUCUGAGCAAUGGAGAGACAGAAUCUGUGAAGACCAUGAUCGUCCAUGACGAUGUGGAAAGUGAGCCGGCUAUGACCCCGUCCAAGGAAGGCACUCUGAUCGUGCGCCAGAGUGCAGUUGACCAAAAACGUGCCGGCCAUCAUGAGAGCAAUGGCUUUGCCGGGCGCAUUCACCUCUUGCCAGAUCUCUUACAGCAAAGCCAUUCCUCCUCCACUUCCUCCACCUCCUCCUCCCCAUCCUCCAGCCAGCCGACACCCACCAUGUCCCCACAGACACCCCAGGACAAGCUCACUACUAAUGAGACUCAAUCCGCUAGUAGCACACUCCAGAAACACAAAUCCUCCUCCUCCUUUACACCUUUCAUAGACCCCAGAUUACUACAGAUUUCUCCAUCUAGUGGAACCACAGUGACUUCCCUGGUGGGGUUUUCCUGCGAUGGGAUGAGACCGGACGCCAUAAGGCAAGACCCCACCCGCAAGGGCUCAGUGGUCAACGUGAACCCCACCAACACGAGGCCACAGAGUGACACCCCAGAGAUCCGCAAGUACAAGAAGAGGUUCAAUUCUGAGAUUCUCUGUGCAGCCUUGUGGGGAGUGAAUUUGUUAGUGGGAACUGAGAGUGGUCUGAUGCUGCUGGACAGGAGUGGCCAAGGAAAGGUGUACCCGCUGAUCAACAGAAGACGCUUUCAGCAAAUGGAUGUCCUUGAAGGCUUGAAUGUCCUGGUGACAAUAUCUGGCAAAAAGGAUAAGUUACGUGUCUACUAUUUAUCGUGGUUAAGAAACAAAAUACUUCACAAUGAUCCCGAAGUUGAGAAGAAGCAGGGGUGGACAACUGUAGGGGACCUGGAGGGAUGUGUGCAUUAUAAAGUCGUAAAAUAUGAAAGAAUCAAAUUUCUGGUAAUUGCUCUGAAGAGCUCUGUAGAAGUCUAUGCGUGGGCUCCGAAGCCAUACCACAAAUUUAUGGCCUUUAAGUCCUUUGGAGAAUUGGCCCACAAGCCACUGUUGGUGGAUCUCACUGUCGAGGAAGGCCAGCGGCUGAAAGUGAUCUAUGGAUCCUGUGCUGGAUUCCACGCUGUUGAUGUGGACUCAGGAUCGGUCUAUGACAUUUAUCUACCAACACACAUUCAAUGUAGCAUCAAACCCCAUGCCAUCAUCAUCCUCCCCAACACAGAUGGAAUGGAGCUCCUGGUCUGUUAUGAAGAUGAAGGGGUUUAUGUGAACACCUAUGGAAGGAUCACAAAGGACGUUGUUCUGCAGUGGGGGGAGAUGCCAACCUCUGUGGCAUAUAUUCGAUCCAAUCAGACGAUGGGCUGGGGAGAAAAGGCCAUAGAGAUCCGAUCUGUGGAAACUGGUCAUUUGGAUGGUGUGUUCAUGCACAAAAGGGCUCAGAGACUGAAGUUCUUAUGCGAACGCAAUGACAAGGUGUUCUUCGCCUCCGUCCGGUCCGGCGGCAGCAGCCAGGUGUACUUUAUGACGUUAGGCAGGACUUCCCUCCUGAGCUGGUAGAGGCGGGCCCAUGAGGAUGUACCAGCUCCAGUGUCGCCACGGCCCCGAGAACUCGGAAUUUUCUGCAGCUACAGCUUCGGCUGCAGCGCGGCCGUCCCAGACGGCGCAUUCGCAGGCAGCGCGCGUGGGCUUCCUCUCUCCUUCUUCCUGCUCCUCUUUUGUCCGUUCAGCCCCGUUCUCGUCUCCUUACUCAAAAAAUAAAUCAAGGCUGCAAUGCCGUGGUGCUGUUCAGACUCUCCCAUCAGGUGCUAUCAGUGUUUGGGAUCAAGCAUCAGGCCAGGAAGCAAAUACCUUUCCCUCCGCGCCAGAGCUCCUUGUCUCGGAAUGACUGUGUCCGGAGGGGUAUGAGGGAGGCCGUGGACCUGCCAUUGGCUGGCUGGGAGGCGGGCACAAGGAGUGGUUUUACAAGCAGAUUUAAUAUAGUAACAUUAACAAUGUAUUUAAUUGACAUUUCUUUUUUUGUAAUGUGACAAUAUGUGGACAAAGCAGAAGGUGCAGGUUUAAGAAGUUAAUAUUUAUAAAAUGUGAAAGACACAGUUACUAGGAUACUUUUUUUGUGGGUGGGACUUGGGGGGGCAGGGUGGGUGGGGCAAGGGGCCCAUUUUGUUUUCUUUGGAUUUUUUUUUUUUUCCCGGCUGGCGUGGCCAAGAACUCAGUCAUUUUUUGUGUACCGGGUUUUGCCUAAAUCAUGUGCAAGAUGGUUCUUAAAAAAAAAAGAAAAAAAGGUAAAAAGAAAAUGUGUGCAUUUGUUUAAAUGGCCAGAACUUUGUGUGACAGUAUUAGCACUGCCUCAAUUCAAGGUUUAAUUUUUGUUUAAACCUAAAAAUGCAGCAACCUUUUACUACAGUCUGCGCUUGCAGAGGAGGGAAAAAUGUUCUUUCAGCCACAUGUUUAUUUUCUGCCUACCUCACAGUUUCUAAUGCAUUAAGAGGUGGUUUAGUCUUUUGGGGGGAAGAAAACAUUCAUGUUGAAUCUUGAUACCAAAACUAUCAGUUUGAAGUUUGACCAUAAUUUCGUCCCAGGUCUCAGUAGGCACAAGAGAGACAGUCCCUGGUAGCAAGGGAACUUGCCACAUGGCUCCAGGAUGGCUGUUCCCAGGGUCCAGAGAAGCAGCAACAUCCUUCAGCUCAUCACCACGCAUGUUGAGGCCACUGGAACCAUGGCACAGGCCUCAUUUUUGUCCAUAUGGAGUUUGGUAGCAGACAACUGGCCCUAUUCAAGUAGUCACACAAAGCGUCGAAUGUCGCAGGAGCCUAUUCUUGGGGGUGGCGAUAUUUCCCUUUUCUAAAAUCGCAAUGCACUAAAACUCUUGUAAGAAUGUAGUUAAUACUGCUUAUCUGGAUGGCAGUGUGUUAGGUGUAAUAAUACCCGAGCCUUGGCUUCCCCCCUUUUCUCACUUGCUCUUUUAUUCUCUGUUUUUUAAACCAAUUUUACUUUAUGAAUAUGUUCGUGACAUUUGUAAUAAAUGUCUUGGGUAAUAACUUGUUUCCUGGCUUCAUCAUCACUCAGUUCCUUGAGGCUGUGACUUGUCUGGUGAAGGAACAAGUGCUUUGUGUCAUGGAUAUGCCACCCCUCUUCUCAGGUUCUGUGCGGGUAUGAGUGGGGGGCGGUGGUGGCUAGGGCCCCACAUCAUCACCUGGCAGAAAUCUGGUGUUUCACCAGCCAACUCUGCCUUGGGUUUUCUGUCAUAAACUUAGGGUGUGAGUUUUGGCUAGGGGGAGAGCUUAGAGGGCUGGAUUUUGGGGGGGUCGGGUGGCAGGGGGGGGGCCCAGAUAUAGUCCUGGCACUGCUUGGUGUCCAGGUAUACCAUCAGGAGUGUCCCGAGUGCUGUCAAAAAGAAUAGGAAAUGGUACUUUGUUCUCUCAAAAGGUAAGAGUCACUUUCAUUUGCCAAGGCCUUACCCAGCCUUGAAGCUUUUGCCAAGUUUCAAUGGCUUUUAUUCACUUCUCAUGGCACAACCUUUGGGACCAAGACUCUCCUUUGAUGAAAACCUAAUGAAACGUAGAACCACUCACAAAUGCAGCUGGCUGUUGCAAAUCCGCAGAGACAGCAGACUCCUCCAAAGUGGAGGACUCCUUGGAAGGAUCAGGGAGUGGAGGUGGUAUUUCCAUUUGUCUGAGUUUGGAGUAGUGCUGAUAUCCAAAGCAAGAGAAACUCAUUUUUUUCCUAUUGAUGUGUAACUAUCAUAGAGAAGAUUGGAGAAUUUUUUCAUGCCUUUAUGAAGAAUGUUUUUGUUUUUAGUCUUCCCCCUGGAUUUGGAAUCUAUUUUCAUUUUUACUUUGUUUCGGGGCCACACCUGGUGAUGCUCAGGGCUGACUCCUGGCUCUUAGUUUAGGGAUCACUCCCGGCGAGCCUUGGGGGACCUUAUGGGAUGUUGGGUAUCAAACCCAGGGUGGCUGAGUGCAAGGCAAAUGUCCUACCCACAGAUCUAUCACUUGGCCCUAGAAAUCCAUUUUUAAUAGCUCAACUCUUUAUGAAGCAUUUUUGAGAUCAGCCAGAUUUCAUCAUUUCCUACUUCAGUUAAAAUCAGAUUCCCAUCGGUGGUUUGCUAAAAAUGCUUUGGUUUUAUAAUUAAGGUAAAAUGUGCCACAGAAAGCGUGUAUAUGGGCCAAGAGGAGAGAGAAUUGAAGGAUGUAGUGGAUUAUAGCACUGCUCUUGGCUUUAGAGAGAAGCAAAAAGUUUUGUAGGUUCUUUGAUAAUGAAACUAAGCUUCUGAUGAUGAUAAUCACAUAAUUACUUACAAACUUGAAACUGCAUCUCUGUCAGUUACAGCUGACCACGACUCAGCCAUUGGCAUUUCAUUGGAGUAACGUGGGUGUGUAGACUGGGACUAAAACACUGUUACCCUGAGGAGGCAGUGGGGUUCUGAGUUCAGUGUGGGCAGCCAGGCACCCAGCCCUCCCCAAAGCAGUGUUGAGGGUUGUAAGUCUGUCUCAGGGAGGGGACUUCAGGAGUGGACACUGCCUGUCUGUCCUUUCCCCUCCUGAACCACAUUGCACCACCACAGCUUGAGGCAGAUUCCCAGUGAGACCUCUCAUCAGAGACUUAACUGUUAAAACGUCAUUCUUCUAGAGAAGCUGGGUUUUUUGUUCUGUAGAGAAAUGACUUCCCAGAAAUGUUAGGAUGGCAGAAUUGCAAAAGAAGACAGUAUUAUGAUAUGAUUUUGUUUAAUUCAAAGCAUCAUCUGAACGCAGCUGUGCUCUUCAAAACACACAAUGAAUGUGUCUCUAGGGUUAGUCAAAGGUUUCAUAAGUGAUACCUUUCUGUAUUUAUACUGGAGUAACUUUAUUGAGUGCAGUGUUGUUACUUAUUCUCGUGCACAUGUUAUGUUGAAGAAAAAUGUUUACAAAACUGGUUUUGUUACACUAAUGUUGUAUUCCAUAUUUAUGGUUUAUUUUUAAGUGAUUUUUAUGGAUUAUUUAGGUUUUCAUACUAGUUGUAGCACACUCACAGCGAUUCAUAAUCUCUAGUUUUUGCAAUGAUAAAUUUGCUAAAUAAUAACAACCUGGUAAACUACAUUAAAUCUACUAAUCACAGAGAGGAAAACAAACUGAUGGCAAAGACAAGCCCCUUCUUUUCUCAGUGCUAAUUUGUUUUCUGUGUAUUAUGAAAAUUACUGUCCCCUCCCUUUUUACCCCUAAAAUAAAGUAAAAAUGGCACCUAUUA